AUGCAGGCCGCCACACUCCCUGAGGAGAUUCGUUGGCUCCUGGAAGGUAACGCCCUUUCCCAGCCCCGGCCUCCUCCCACAACCCCCUGGGAAGUCGCUCAAGUGUUGCGGGAGCGAAGCAGAUGGCAGGGCCUCCUCAGACGUGGCUUUCUCCUCGGCUCCACCACCCACCUCUUUCUGCAACACUCGAGGCUUCUAGACUCUUCCGUCCUCCAAAACCAUGGUUUCAUCCACCCACCUCAGGAUCUCCCUCACUUCGUCCAGCCCUACAUUUUCUUUUUCCUCAAGGGCUUCCCCCUUCUCAUCCCCAUCACCUCUGGGAGAAGAUCCUCGCAGUCCUGUUUCCAGGCUCUCGAGACGUUGUGUGGUGUCGGAUCCCCUGGGCAUCCCCUGGGAGCGGUCAGAAAGUCCGCAGUUGCUCAGGAUAGUGAAGAUUUCCUGUUGGAAGGUUUGCGAAAUGAAAACCUCAGUGCUGGUGCAAGAGACCACAGAGACCACAUCCUACGGGGCUUUCAGCAAAUCAAAGCCAAGUACCAUUGGGAGUUUCAGCCCCAAGGGGGUGAUCAAACUGAAAGUUACAUCGGACAGGACAGCUCUGAUGAUAAUCACAGUGGAACUCAUGGCCCCUCUGUCAUGUCAGAUGUACCUUUUUGGUCUGAUUACCAGGAUGAAGGAAUGGAAGACAUACUAAGAGGAGCUCAAGAACUUGACAAUAUCAUCAAGCAAGGAUACUUGGAGAAAAAAAGCAAAGAUCAUAGUUUCUUUGGAUCAGAGUGGCAGAAGCGAUGGUGUGUUGUCAGCAGAGGCUUCUUCUACUACUAUGCUAAUGAGAAAAGCAAGCAGCCCAAAGGGACCUUUCUCAUUAAGGACUACAGUGUACGGAUGGCCCCCCACCUGCGAAGAGAUUCCAAGAAAGAAUCCUGCUUUGAACUGACCUCACAAGAUAAGCGCAGCUAUGAGUUUACAGCUUCUAAUCCAGCUGAAGCCAGAGACUGGGUGGAUCAAAUAAGCUUCUUGCUAAAGGAUCUGAGUUCCUUAACGAUUCCAUAUGAAGAUGAGGAAGAAGAAGAAGAGCAGGAAGAAGAAAUGUAUGAUGAUAUUGAUGGUUUGGGCACCCCAAAUUCUGGUUCACAACGCAGACCUAUUCUUUUACCUGGGAAUAUGGGAAUAAAAGAGGCUUCCGAGGAGAAACGGGAAGAAGAUAUUUAUGAAGUCUUGCCAGAUGAAGAGCUCGAUCUGGAUGAAGAUGAGAAUGGCAUCCGAGGAAAAGGAGUGGACUAUGCCAGUUAUUAUCAGGGCCUAUGGGAUUGUCAUGGUGACCAGCCAGAUGAACUGUCCUUCCAGCGAGGUGACCUCAUCCGAAUUCUGAGCAAGGAGUAUAACAUGCACGGCUGGUGGGUAGGAGAACUGAACAGCCUUGUGGGGAUUGUGCCAAAGGAGUAUCUUACCAGUGCCUUUGAAGUGGAAGAAAAAUGA